AUGGAGAAGUUCUUGAGGGACUGGCGCCAGGAUGCCCUCAAUAAGCACCAAUAUGACUCGGCCAUAUUCAUUGGAGACAAGCUGCUGGCAAUAACACAAAACGACAAAGAUGCCUUCUGGCUUGCCCAAGUCCACUUCUCAACCGGCAAUUACACUCGAGCCCAAAGCUUUCUGGCAAAACAAAAUCUGAUCGAACGAAAUCCUUCCUGCCAAUACCUUGCGGCCCAUUGUAUGAUCAAGCAAUCGCGAUUCGAAGAAGCUCUAAAUCUCCUUGGGGAUAAGAAUCCUACACACCUGAUUACAAGCUCGAGUAACAGUCGGCGGAAACUUCAGCAUACGAACGGACAACACAGAAAUGGCGGCACACAACUUGUCAAAGCAGUAGGCAGAGCAGAUAGGCUUGAUCGAAAAGAGGAGGUCGCACAAGAAGAUGCAGCAAAUAUCAGAUUCGAAGCCGCAAUGUGCUUCCUGCGAGGACUCUGUUAUGCAAAACAAAAUGCUUUCGAUAGAGCCAAGGAAUGCUAUAAAGAUGCUGUUCGAAUUGACGUACAGUGUUUCGAAGCUUUUGAACAGCUCAUGAAGAAUUGCCUGAUGUCACCAGACGAGGAAUGGCAGUUCCUGGAAUCGCUCGAUUUUGACGCUAUUUCUGUGCCCGACGAUGCUUCUUCGUCGCAAGAAGCCGCGGAAUUUACGAAGAUGCUCUACACUACACGACUUUCCAAGUACAAAAAUCCGAGUGCAUUCACAGCUGCUACGGAAACCCUCUCAACACAUUACAACCUAGCGACAAAUCCAGACCUCCUACUCGCAAAGGCAGACCUUUAUUUUACGCAAUGCAAAUUCAAAGAUGCUUUGGGAAUUACAAGCGCAAUUCUGCAGAGCGACAAGUAUAAUUUCAGCAUAUAUCCACUUCAUUUGGCUUGUCUAUACGAGCUAGGAUUGAAAAAUCCGUUAUUUCUCGUCUCUCACGAUCUUGCGGAUAAUCAUCCUGAAGAACCCUGUUCUUGGCUCGCUGUAGGAAUAUACUAUCUUUGCAUAAACAAAGUCGCGGAAGCUCGACGUUACUUCAGCAAGGCUAGUAUGAUGGACCCUCAUUUUGGUCCCGCCUGGAUAGGUUUCGCGCACACUUUCGCUGCAGAAGGAGAACACGAUCAGGCAAUAUCGGCGUAUUCGACUGCAGCACGACUUUUUAUGGGAACUCACUUACCUCAACUCUUCCUAGGGAUGCAAAACCACAUGUUAAACAACAUGACACUGGCGGACGAGUUUCUCAAGACGGCUUAUGGGCUCUGCAAGACCGACCCUUUACUGCUGAAUGAGAUGGGUGUAGUCUUCUAUCACCAGGAGCGACUUGAAGACGCUAUCUCUAUGUUCACCAGAGCUCUGGAAAUUGCAGAUGAGAUUGACAGCGACUCGCAGGCUUGGAUCUCUACACGGGCGAACCUUGGUCAUGCCUACCGGCGAAUAGGGCAUUUUGAUCUAGCUCUUGACCAGUUUGAAGAGGUGUUAAGACAGGGUGGAAAAGAUACAUCCGUGUUCUGUGCGAAAGGACUGGUUUUGAUGGAGCAAAAGCGACCAUUCGAAGCAGUCUAUGUAUUCCACGAAGCAUUGGCGAUAUCACCACAAGAUGCCAUCGCAACGGAAUUACUAAACAAAGCACUCGAGGAAACUGCAAGUAGCGAAGCGAACGGCGAGGAUGACAUGGAUUUUGAUGAACAAUUCGAGAACGAUCUGGAGAUUAAGAAGGCUGAAGCUGCACAUAUUCUUGCUUCAAGGAGGGGAAAGGGGAAAGUCAGGCACCGUCUCAGUAACGGGUAUGGGGCCAAUGGCAAUAUCCUGAUGGACAUGGUUGAUGAUGAAUGA